UAUUAUUUUGAAAGUAACGACAGUGUGGUUAUUAUGGUGUUCACUUGCCAACAGACUUAAAAUAUGACUACUGAAAAAUAUAGUAACAGAAUUUGCUAAACAGUUUCAUCUAGGUGUUUGAAACCAAUGUGCACGUUAAAAAAACCCAAAAACAGAAGCAUUUAAAACUUGUAUGUACUUUGAUAUUGCCAAUUUCCCAUGUGACAACUAGCACCGGUCUCUUCUACAUUUCCAAACUGAAGCAUUGUGCUGUAGCGGAACAGAUAUGCAUAUAUAAUUCAAAAGCAUUGAUCAAAGCUAUCAGGUUCAGCAGAGUUCAACAGACGACAUGAACACAUCAAAGUGUCCCACGUCUACCAGACACUGGUGACCAGGCAGACCAGCAUAGUUUGGUAGCACCCGCAGUUAUUUUUAAGUCCUGGCAACCACACAAUGUUCAGCUGCAACCUGACUCUCUGUGCCUAGUCACGUUGUGAGUGAGGGUUUUAGGCUGUUAGUGUUGUUCCCUCAGACUUUACCCAUCCGGCAUUACCCAGGCAUGUUCUCCUGCAACCUGGAGCCUCCCAUCUAUAGUGACUGGACAAUGAAAAACAACAAGGAAAGCGUGAAAUCGGAGAAAACGGUGGACAGGAUAUUAGAAGGAAGCUCUGGAGAUGAAUCCGAGGAGGCGGAAACCGAGCCCCCACCGGUAGCCGUGCGAAGAAAGGUGUCGUUUGCGGAUGCCUUUGGUCUAGACCUGGUUUCUGUGAAGGAGUACGACAACCGGGAGUCAUCGAGGCUGGAGGUAGAUAGUAGAGAGGGGGAGGAAUACUACAUCUCAUGCCUCUUCAAUGUCCCAGCGAUGCACCAGGACUUGGAGGUGAGACUUCAGCAGCAGAAGCUGGAACUGGAGCGCAUCGAGCUGCUCCCUGGAUCCACCACGAUCCGGGGCAUCGUUCGAGUGCUUAACCUCUGCUUCCACAAGGCCGUCUACGUCCGUGUCACUCUGGAUGGCUGGCGGAGCCACUUCGACCUGCUGGCGGAGUACAUGCCUGGGUCCAGCGAUGGCGAGACCGACUGUUUCUCUUUCCGACUCGUUUUGACGCCUCCGUUCCAGGUCCGAGGGUUGCGGGUGGAGUUCUGUCUGAGGUACGAAAGCUCUGUUGGAACCUUCUGGGCCAACAACGGAGGGAAGAACUAUAUUGUCUUCUGCCACCAAAGACGCAGGAGCGAUCUGAAAGAGAAAGAGAGUGAAAUGGAGAAGCUGGUAGAGGAGAUUAACCAAAAAGGUAUCAGGAGCUGCCUUAAAACAAUCAGUAAAAAGACCUACUCAGAGGCGAGCGGCGAGAUCUCAGAAGUCACACACAUGGCCGGGUAUACUAGCAAGAACAAAACAGAGAAAGAAGCAGGAAUCAGCUCCUGCAAAUCCCUCAAGGACUGCUGCAAAACUCUGGUGGAUCGUCGUAGGAAGCGUCAAGCUGCUCGUUUGGCUCGAGUGCAGGACUACUUUGCUCAGAAGGCAAUGGAAACACAAGUGGAAUGUAAUCCUACCACAUCCAUCCCAAAGCUGACUCCAAUAAACUCGCCGGUUUUCCACAGCCAGCAAGGAUACAGUAUGGACACGCCACCAAUAAUAAUGUACCACCAGAUUCCUUUGCUUGCCAUGGAUUGGGGCAGUACCACAACAACACCACCCCAAGCAAGCCCUCCAGAUGCCUACAGUAAAACAAGACAGGUUGAAGAUCACCUAGCCAUAUCUGCCUCUGAGGCAUGGGUUACAUUUUUUAGCAGCACUGAUAUGCAGCAUCAAGUAUGUGUUCCUCCAGAGUCAGACGUUUUAGUCCCAGUGGAGGACAAGGGAUCCGAGAAAGACCACAGUCAAGAGGCUGCUGACAGGAAAGCAAUGGAAACCAUAAAAUCCGAUCCCGUAGAGCAAUCAAAGGCUCUCAGCACGAGUCCUCCUAGAGAUCAGGUUGUGGAUUACCAACUAGCAAAAGAGCCAAGGGUCACUACCCUACCAAGUUCUGCCCAGGGAUCGAAGCCAGAGAGGGCGGGAAGUGAGUUAAAGCCACCUUGUGACUGCCAAGCCCCACAUCACGAGCACACAAGUGGAUCUUUGAGUCGAGACACGGCCAAAGCAAACCCCGGGGAUGAAACCCGAACCGCACAUGACACCGAGACUAAGAAUUCAAAAGCCAGAGAUGGAAUCUCACCUGAAGAAUGCACAGGCAGCUCCGACACCUCAAAGGUUAAAGAAAAUACACAGAGAGCGGUCAAAGACACCCUGACAUUUACGGGGGUCAUGGACGUGCCACUCACAAAUAGACAGGCCGAGGGAUCUUCUUCUGAAACGAGGGAUAUAAAUAAAGAUGCUAGCGAGGAGCAGGUGGAAAUGAGGGUGCUCUGUAGAGAGCUACAUGAAGAGGACACGGAAAGCAGUAGAAAAGGACAAGAUGAGACAACUACGGAUCACAGCGCAGAAAUACAGAGCGUUUCAUCGUGCGAGAGCGAGGCAUUUAAUGAGAACGAAUUAUGCACGUCGAACAAGAGUUUUAACAAAGACAAUUCAGAGCUACUGAAAAACGAAGAGAGGCGUUUUGAGGCAAACGAAGGACUUAAAAUGAAGGAGAUGACUGUAGAAGCUGCUAUUGUUGAAGAGGAUGAAAUGCAUUCAGAAGAGCUUAUAGAGAACUCCCGAGCAGUGGGCGACAAUUGCACAGAUGGAGAAGAGAAAGAGUUUGAGGUACAAGCUACCAAACUAGCACCCACUCGCUUACCUGCUUGUCUGACAGUUAGCACUGACCCACCCAGGUUCCUCCUUCGGACUACAUCUGCAGAAGAGGAUUUUGAGCUUGGGAAGGCCCUCAGAAACUUUCAAGAACCCCAGCGACCGGACGGAGAGGACGAACUCUCCACACCGCUACCCAGCAUUCACCUGUCCUGGGUGGGCGGCAACAGCAAUAGGCUGUUGAGAGAAUUCUGCUCUCUGGGUCACACGGCUAAGGCUCUUGUGUACGCUAUUCUGUUUGUGAUCUUCAUAACAGCAUAUCUCUACGACCUUCCGACCUGCAUGGCCCUCUAUCUGUUUUCUCUGUGCUGGUGGUGCAGCCAGGGCAUGAAGCACCGACUCGACGGGGCUGUUGAUGUGGACUGAGACCAGACAGGAAGUUCUUGAAGUUUCUGAGAAAGUUGUUGUCAAAUUAUGUGUGACUCUGGAACAGAAAGUGAUUCUAUGGGCCCAAAAUCACUUGACAGAACAAGAUGUAGUAGACUUUUUUUUGUUUGUUUCUUCACACUUGUGUUCCCAUUAAAAGUCCCUUUUAAAA